UUUGCAUAACUUCAGUAACAUCGUUGCCCUGCUUGCCGAGCGCCGUGGUCAGUGUGCAGAAUUUCACAAGCUCAAAUUGGGAUAUAUAAAUAUAUAUUUAUAUAUAUAACACAUCUACACAUCAACAUGUUAUUCAAACUUUUUAUUAUUGGACUCUUCUUCAAUUUACCUGCUGGUCUCAGCCAAGCGCGAAUUGUUCUCAAAAUAGGAGGGAUAUUUUCUGCUGGUAAUAACAGCGUUGAAGAAAGCGCUUUCAGGUUCGCAAUCAAGUACAUCAAUGAUAAAAAUAUCGUACCUGGAAUAACAUUUGAGCCGAUCGUCAGUAAUGCAGCUACAGACAGCACAUACGAGAAUAUGAAAAGUGCAAACCACCUCGUGUCCGAAGGAGUUAUCGCUGUGGUCGGACCCAUAACAUCAACAGCAGUCAAAAACACACAUGGGAUAUUCAAGAAAUUCCACAUUCCUCAAAUCGCGCCGUCUGCAACAGAUCCAAUAUUUGUGUAUUCCAACUAUCGCUACCCUUUCCUUAUACGAAUGAUGCCCAGUGAAUCUGCCAUCGAAUUUGCAAUAAUAGAUUUUAUUGUCCGUUACAAAUGGGAAAGGAUGGGUAUACUAACGUCGAGGAUGGACUAUGGAAUGAAUGGCUUAAAGGACUUUAAAAAUGUUGCAAAAAGUAAAAAAUGGAAAAUCCUAGCAACAGAACAUUUUGCAGUUUCUCCGCUGACCCGCAAAGUGAACGCCACUAAAGAGCUACUGCGCCUGCGCGACAAAGGGACUCGGGUCGUGAUACUGAAUUGCUUGGCAGAGUUUGUUCCCUCUGUUCUUGAACAGGCCUCAAAAUUGGAUAUGAUUCAUGAUUGGGUCUGGAUACUUACCGAUGGAGCUAUAUCUGAGGAUCCAAAACUGCGUUACAUCGAAGGAAUAGUUGGAAUACGCUUCCCAAAAGAUGGUAGUGGAAAGCUGUAUGAUACCGUCAAUAUAGAGUGGCAAGCGGCUGGUGGCAAAGGAGUCUUACAGUCUCGACUUGGUAGGAUUUUUGACGCUGUAUUAACAAUAUCUGACAUUGUGAGAAGGAUGGUUGACAAAAACCUGACGAUGAUCUUACCUCCACAAGGAGUAACCAUGUGCCGCUCGCUUAACACCAAAGUUAUACCAUGGGUUCUAGGACAGACAUUUAUCAAUAAAUCAUCAGAGGUAAGGAUGAAAGGGGUAAUGGCGUCUCUUUAUUUUUCUUCAACCCAUCGUUCACCAUCUUCUUUCAACUCUAUUUCUGAAAUCGUGAACUACCAGAAGGAUGAAGGUUGGGUCAAGGUUGGAAGUAUAAAAGGGAUAAAGGGUGUGGUCAUGGAGAAGAGACGACCAAUAGUAUGGCUCAAUAACGGGCUGGAAGCACCAAAACUUGCAAGCCUUGCUCUCAAGUAUAAAAAACUGAAAGUAUUGGUUUUUCAGAGCCAGCCCUUUAUUAUGGUGAAGCCCAAAUCUAACACCAGCGAUGACACAAACUUGGAGUUUGAAGGAUUCUGCAUCGAUUUGCUGAAUGAAUUGAAAAAGAAACUUCAGUUUGAAUAUGAGAUUGAGAGUAGAGACUCACUGGGACAAAAGCUACCGGACGGGUCUUGGGACGGUAUUAUAGGAGAUUUAACGAGAGAGAAAGCAGACUUAGGCGUAUCGACAUUCACAAUCAGUCCUGAACGCGAGAAAGCAGUGGAUUUUACUCAGCCUUAUUUUAGCUUGGGGUAUAAGAUAAUCACGAAGAAGUCGUACAGGGAACGAGGAAGCAAUCUAUGGGGUUUUCUUGAUCCUUUUGAGACUACUCUUUGGUUGGCUAUUGUGGUGUCAUCUAUCGUUGUGGGAACGGUGGUUUGGAUUUACGAUCGUUUAAGUCCCUACGGGUACUACGGCCGUGUUGCCCAGUCUCCCAAGCCCAAAGAAGACGAAUACCUCGCGCGUAACACUCUAUGCUUCUUCAAUUCUUUCUGGUCAGCGGCUGCCUCCUAUCUUGAACAAGGUCCCGACGGAACUCAUCCUAUAUCUCACUCUGGUAGAGCAACCACCUUAGCAUGGUGGUUUGCUAUCUCCAUCUUCGGAGCGACAUAUACCGCCAACUUAGCGGCGUUUCUAACAGUCAACAAGUACGAACAUCCAAUCAAAAGCAUCGAUGAUCUAGCCAAUCAGGAUCGAAUGAGCUACGGCACUGCCCCUGGACAACUAGCAGACAUGUUAAGAUCAGCUUCGUUACCAGUUUACGAGAAGUUAUGGCGUUAUAUUGAGUCACAUAAUACACUUGAAAGUAACGCAAGCUAUGCCAUUGAGAAGACUAGAAAUACUGAGAACUAUGCGUUUAUUUGGGACUCUGCUGUUCUGGAUUACACAGUACAAAGUGAGCCGUGCAAUACUUUGACCAUCAUUGGAAGGCCUUUUGGAAGCAUCAACUAUGGCUUCGCCCUUCCUUUAAAGUCUCACUACACGCAUAACUUCAGCGUGGCCAUGCUUGAGCUCCAACAAGAUGGCUUCCUCGAGAGAAUGACAGAAAAAUGGUUCCGUUCGCGAAGUGUCUGUGGCGCUGAAACGGAAGCGGCAGACGCCGCCGCUACCGAAGGAGGGACACAGCUGGGCAUUCAUGAUUUGGCGGGAGUUUUUGUUACUAUUCUUGGAGGUGUCAUUUGUGGUAUCUUAAUAUUGAUUAUUGAAUGGAUUGUCGCUUGUUAUCGAGAUACUCUUUCUAAAGACAGAAAGGCCCCGACAACGUUUUGUAGAGCCUUGUGUCAGAGAAUGCAGCGUGCUUGGUAUGGCAUUCUAAGUUUAUGCAUGUGGCGAGAGCUUGGACGGGAUCAUGAGCCAAAACCACAAAUAAGACAACUGGUCGAGAGUCUACCGCUAUCUUCGAUGGGUGAACAGAGAAAACUGAUUAUAUAAAGAACGAUAGAAAGACGGAGAUCUGAAAUAUGAAAUCUGAGUCCUAGUAGCAAGCUGCAAAUUGUAAAAUAUUAACAGCCGAACUACGUAGUUUUACUUUUAGAUUGGAAUAUGAAGAAUGACCUUAAAGAACAAGAAAUGUGAUUUCACUUUUUCGUGUUUUGGCCAGAAAACCGAUGAUAGAGGCACAAAAAUUCUGUUUAGAUCAGCCCAAUUCAGUGAGCUAGAUCUUGUACCAGCAACCUUUUUUGAAAUAGGUGUAGAUGUGAUAGUUAGGAAUUUUUAUUGCGUUCAUAGGAACUUGUAACAGUUCAAAUUUUAAAUGUAUCCAUUUAACCUGAAAUAUUGACGUGGAAAGAGAGAUAGAUAGAUAGAUAGAUUUUUAUUUCGCUCAUGUAGUUGAAAGUUUACAACUUUGCUAAUAGUACAGUAAAUGAGGGUGAAUAAGUUUAAACCCGUGAAAUAGAUAUUAGACUAAUACACAUUGGUAGACCUUAAUUCCAUUGUUUUCUUUUAUGUCUAUUUGACUAUUACACGUUGACAAGUAUUUUUAUUUUUAUUUCACGGGUGAAAUGCCUUCACUCUAACGUUUCUGCAAAACAUAACUGUCAUGAAGCAUGCGAAAUUGAUUAGGAAAAAAUUUAAACAUGCCCGCGAUUGAAUUAAUGAAAAAUAUAUAACUCUUAAAUACAUAUGGCAUCAAGAGUUCGGCGCUGCUGAUCUACGCACAUGCUCAAGGGGUCAAUGAGUGGGGGAUCAUAGGUCUUUAAUUACCCUAUUUCUCUAUGACGCAAUUUUUCUUAUCAAUUUUUAUUAAAUAUUCAAGAGCAAGUAGCGUUAAGCUAAUUUUAAAUAGAAUCAUACCAAAAUAUAGCAAUUUUUUACAACCCAUGACCCCACACUUUUUAACCCCUUGAGCAUGCGCGUAGAACAGUAGCGUGGAACUCUUGAUGCAUAUAUAGUCAGUGUGCAUCAAAGCUCGCAUAGCACUCUGGCGAACAAAGUACUGCAAAAAUAAAAAACACCGAGGGAAAUCAAAGAAAUUAUCAGAAAAUAAUUGCUCUGUGAUUUUCGUCAGUCGAAAUACUUACAUUCCCAUAGAAAAUAUCGAAGAAAAAAAUAGGGAUUUUAAAACGUAAGCUUGCAGUUAAACCGUACGAUCUCGGUUUCCCAUCAUGCUUUGUGCUAGGUUUUCGUGCUCGUGCACAUUGGCUCCUAUUGUGUCACGUCCAUAAUUUCAAGAGCAAAAGUGACAUCUUAGUUUCUAAGAAAUUUUUUUUCUAAGAAAUCAUAAUAAAACUAGAUUAUUACUCGCGCUCUGAUUGGCCAAAAACCAAUGAAAUAUUUUCCCAUGGACUGCACGCUCGCGCACGCUGAUCUCAAGGACACUCGCCUUUCUUCUUUAAAUUUUCAAAUCCGAUGGCGUAAACAGCGCGCGCACUAGCGAGAUGAGUGGUAUAACGCGCGCGGCUCUGAUUGGUUGAAAACCUACUAUUUCCCCAUGGGCUGCACGGUUCUUUUUUUCUUGAAUCUAGCUAUGUUAUAAACCCAUUAGACAACAGAAAGUCGCUCGCCCAUUACGUUAUAGAUGCCAUGGGCACGCGACUUUCUAUUGUUUAAUUGAUAAAAAUAAUGAUUAAUCCGUCGGAUAGCGCUAUCCACCCUUCGUAAAACCGGGCCCUGCUGUUUUAUUUCAAUCUUUUACAUAAAGUACGUGUAACCAUU